AUGUGUCUCAUCCCCGUAGGCGAGAACAUAGCUCUGUUGGGAUGGAUGGCACCUGCAAUCCCAGAACGACGCGCAUCAUUCCAGCCGUUCCAGUGCCAGAUCUGCCAAAGCCGCUUCACUCGUCAUGAGAACCUGAAACGCCAUGCUGCUGUUCAUACACGCUCUUCGGCGGUGUCCUCUUUAGUAUGCGAGUUCUGCGCUGCAUCGUUCUCGAGGUCAGACCUACGACAGCGGCAUAUCAAGAGGAAGCACCCUGAACACCAGACUGAUCGUCCCAGAAAGCGACAGAUGCUGCAGAGAGAUAAGACUUCGAGUACCUCGCCUCCUCAGAUACAGGAUCAUUUGUCCUUUGUCACAACAGAAGAGCAGGAAGAGUUUAAUGUUGAUAGAGCCUGGAAGAAUGCCAUUCAAUACGACCAGCGAUCGCCAGGUCUGGAUCAACGGGACCCUAGAAACAGUGGCUCAUCAAGAAAUGAUUCGGCAAUCUGUACGAUGUCUGUUGCACCUCCAGCGAUAUCUGACCAUGACUUUCACGGGCAAGCAAAGCUUGGAUCGGAUCCUAUGAUGGAGGUCGCGGAAAGUCAAUUGUCUCAGGGCAACACAGCCUUUAGCGGUCUUGUGCCUUUCACCCGGGGUAGCCCUAACAGCUGGUUUUCUGUCGAAUCACCACAAGUCCAGGAGGACUGGACUGUCUCGACAAGACAAGCCGCUCGAGGCACUGAAUUGUUCUUUAACCAUCUUUCGUCAUUUUUGCCCUUCAUCCAUCAGCCGACAUUCAACGCAGACAAAGCAGAUAAACGUCUUCUACUCGGCAUGAUGUCACUUGGCUACCAGUACGGCGAGGAUCCAGAGUAUGGGGAGCAGGCCGGCUCAGGCGCGAGCCUCUCGUAUCAAUGUUUCCAUCAAGCACGAGCGCUUCUCAAAACCGACAUAGAAGACGGAGAACUGAGUACCUCAGAGAACACGAUAGUUGUACAAGCAUGCUUGCUACAGCAAUUGUAUACUAUGAUGUACCUCUGCGGAAGCGCAUCAGCGUAUGGUCUGAAGACUCAUUCCAAGAUCAUCUCUCUGGCGCGAGCAGGUGGCCUCAUGCAGCCCCUGACUACUGAGGCAACAGCAACAGCAAAUCUGGAAUCCCUUUGGUAUCACUUCAUACAGUCUGAGGCGCACAAGCGGACUUGCUUCGCUGUGCACCAGAUCGACGCACUGUGGUAUCAGGUGCUCUCUGUCCCGCGGUCACUGUCGCAUUUGGAGAUCAAGCACGAACUACCAUGCCCAGAAGACCACUGGGCAGCAGCGACUCCCGAAGAGUGGGCACACAGGCAACUACUUCUGCGUCAGGCCGGCACUGCAGUGCAAUACCCAGAAGUGGUCCGCCGGUUCUUAUCUUCAAACGCCGAUCUCUGUACAUUACCACCAUUCGAUCCAUACGGCACCAUCAACAUAACCCAGUUCCUGAUUUCCAGCGCCCGGGAAAUAUCGGGCUGGUCGACGAUCACCGGAAUCCUCAGCAUCGAAAGAGUGGAGCCGCUCAGGUCUUCCCUCGUAGCCCUGGAACCCUUCACUCGACCGCAUGGCGGCACUUCGAACCCAGCACUAGCCUCUCUCGGAGAAAUCGCAUGGGAGACGGCAAUGAUCGAACUGCAAAUGUGGUCGCCCACGCACACCGGCGGCAUCAUCCAGGGCAGCGUGGAUGCCGUUCUCGACCAACUGACGGAGCACGCCCCGUCGUGCGAGUUUCUGUGCGAGUCGCGCAUCAUCAAUCUGGUCCAGCCGCACGUAGACUGGUUCCUGCAGUAUCUCGAUGCCACGGCGACGGCGGACACGGAAGCACCGUGGGUGGUUCUGUAUGCAUACAAAGCUUUCAUGAUUGCGUGGCAGCUCGUCCGCAAUGGUAUUGUGGGGUCGAUGCAAGUGGUCGAUGUGCCGGACGGGGAUACGCACGCGGCGCUCGCCUGGGCCAGGAAGGUUUUUGGGCGGCGGCAGAGGUGGCAGCUCGGCAAGAUUGUCAUGAGGUGUAUAGAUCAGCUCGAGGUUGGGACAUCUCUGGGAUGA